AUGAACUCGGAUUAUGAGUAUCGGUUGAACCCUCACAAUGUGUUAGCUCAAGGAUGGUUCUUGACCACCCCGUUGGUGAUCACUUCCAUCAAAGUGUUUUUGACCUUGGCUACGGGAUUCCUGAUCAUUCAAGUAUUCCGGUGGAAUCGAUUGGCCAAGGCCAAAAAUCCCUUUGCUCAAGAUGAUCGUCAUCAACGUCGACCCUAUCUCGUCGAUCAAAAGAAACGGGACCAGAUUAUCAAGCAGAGCUUUCAUCCCGAUCAGGUUCCCACGGAGUUGGAUGCCAUUGUGAUUGGAAGUGGAAUCGGAGGGUUGUCGACGGCCGCCAUUCUGGCUAAAGCUGGACGCAAAGUUCUAGUUCUGGAGCAACAUGAUCAGGCUGGAGGAUCAUGCCAUACUUACUUGGAGAAGGGAUACGAAUUUGAUGUGGGGAUUCAUUACAUAGGGAAUGUCGGGAAGCAGACAUUCUUCAAGACAUUGGUUGAUCAAGUCUCAGAAGGUCAAAUUGAGUGGGCUCCCCUGGAAGAUGCCUUUGAUGUCGUCUCCAUUGGUUAUGGGGAUAAUAAUCGGAAGUAUCCCGUGCUUUCGGGCAAGACGCAAUGGCAAAACAGUUUAAAGGAAGCCUUUCCCGGUGACUCCAAGGCCAUCGACCAGUUCUUCAAGCUCCUGCAAGAAGCCUCUGGUAGUUCCAUGGUUCUGGGUGCACUCAAAAUCUUACCAUUGUGGCUGGUGAAGAUCGUGAUAAGCACUGGAUUGAUCCAUUUGUUCACGACAAUGUGGAGAGGUCAAUUCAAAAAAUCCACUCAAGACAUCAUCCAGGGGUUGACCGACAAUCCAGAUCUUCAGACGAUCUUUUGCUACUGUUGGCCGGAUUACGGCACACGGCCAAGUUCCAGCCACUUUAUGAUGCAAGCAUUGUUGAACAAUCACUUUAUGAACGGAGCCCACUACCCGGUGGGUGGGGCCUCGGAAAUUGCAUUAAAUAUCAUCCCUGUGAUAGAGAGAACGGGUGGGAAAGUCUUGGUUCGAGCCCCGGUUCAGGAGAUUCUUUACAACGGAAGAAAAGCCAUGGGGGUCAAAGUGAAGAAAGGCAGUUAAACUUACCAGAUCGAAGCUCCCAUCGUGAUAUCCGCCGCCGGGGUGAUGAGUACAUUCCAGAGGCUGCUGCCCGAACCCGUUGCUCAGCAGUCUUAUUUCCACAAACUGAUCCGGUCGCAAACUAUCAAACCCGGUGUGGCGGCCAUGAGCGUCUUCUUGGGUCUGAAUGCGUCCAAUGAAGACCUAGGAUUGAAACGGGAAAACGUGUGGGCCUUUGCUUCCAAUGACUCCGAGAAAGAGUUCGUCAACUACCUCGAGUCCGAUCGAGAAGCCAUCAUGAGCAAAGACUUGCCCAUGAUAUUCAUCUCCUUUCCGAGUGCCAAGGACCCCCAAUGGAGCGUUCAUCCUGGACGUGAAAACAAAAGCACAUGUGCCAUUAUCUCGUUUGCAAAUUGGAGGUGGUACAAACAAUUCGAGCCCACGGCUCACAAGAAGCGCGGGGACCAAUACGAAGAGCUCAAGAGUGCGGUGGGCAAUAACAUGAUUGAGCAAGCUUGCCGUCUCUACCCUCAGAUCAAGCAUCACAUUGACUAUGUGGAGGUGGGUACUCCGGUAACGAACCAGUUUUACUUGGGAUGCUCCCAGGGGGAAAUCUAUGGCUUGGAUCACGAUCUGGCCAGACAAGAACCCAUGACCAACGCACUACUUCGACCGGAGACGGAUAUCCCAGGGCUGUACUUAUCCGGGCAAGACGUGAUGACCUGUGGAUUUGGAGGAGCUCUCUUUGGAGGUCUAUUGUGUGCCGGAUCCGUUUUGGGGCGAAAUUUGGUCAGUGAUCUGACUCGGCUUCACAAGGUCAUCAAGAAAACCGACCAGACUAAAGUGGAAUAAUGAGAUUGGUUUUUGACUCGUUUGUUCGCAUUUUUGGUACUUGCUCAUUGAGAAGAAACGGCAGAAAUGAUUUUUAUGUAAGGAGACAAACCAAUGUUGGAAUUUAUCGCGCAUUUCGUUAGACAUGCCGUUAUUGUCGUUACAGUUGUCGGCUUGAUGAUUGUUUGAAACACUCACGUUAAAACUUAAACUUUACUGCAUUUUUCCAUCCCCUAUUCAAUUCAAUUCCCAUGCCGACGCGAAACCUGCUCUAAACUCAACGAACGAAUAUGUUUCUGUUAAAACCCCAAUUCCCAUGCCGUCAAUGCUGCGUACUUUACAAAUUCAAAUCCACUUGAAAUGAAAGGAAAUGUCCCAAGUAUUCGUUGUCCCCACUUUUUGUUUCUCGACAGCAAUAUCUAAUGCCAAGAAUUCUUUCAUCUCGGAGGAUCAAGGUUUCAACGAAUCCAGCAGUUUCUAGUGUAAUGUGAAAACGCUCUUUCCUUCAGAAAUGCAUACAAAUUGACUUUG